AUCCAGCGCAGACGCCGGCGUCGUCCACGUUGCAUUACAACAACGUGCAUUGCCAGAAGAACAACCAAAAACAUGCGCGAUCUCCACGAUGCUACUUGCGCAACGAGCUUCGGUGCGCAUACCGUCUGCGCCGAUUUAUUAUAGCACGGAACCUGUUUCGCUGUCGCUGUCACAUUUGACGUGAAUUUGGUCUCGCCAGACCGAACCAGAAGGAAAAUUAUCUAAUCGAUCCGGAUUAUCCGUUCCGAUGGCUGGCUUCGAGGAAAACUUUCAACUUCUGCACACGGAACAACUGGACAGGUUCGUGGUGGCCAAACGAGACCUGCCCCGUGGGGAACAGAUCCUGCUGGAGGAACCGCUGGUGACCGGACCGUACUGGGACGCCGAUGUGAGCUGUCUGAGCUGCCUGCGGGAUUCGUGCUCGACUUGCAGCAAGUGUGGCAAGGCACCGCUCUGCUACGACUGCUCGGAACAUGACGCGACGGAGUGUGACUUUUUCCGCGAGUCGACCGCGCUGGACAAGCACUUUCUGUACAACCACUUUAACGUGAUCACUCCGGUGCGAUGUUUGCUGCUGUACCGGAAGAAUCGGGACUUGUUCGACGAGAUGAUGCGCAUGGAGUCGCACGUGGAGGAACGUCGCGGGUCGGAGAUUUGGCAGAUUCACGACAAGUACGUGGUGACGCCUUUGCUUGAGGCCGGGAUAUUGGACAGUUUGAACGAUGGAGAGCUUGAGGUGACUGGAGAGUUGAUUCAACGAAUUUGUGGCAUUUUGGAUGUCAACACGUUUGAAAUACGUGGCGAUGUGGACUCGAGUCAGAGUGGAAGCAAUCUGGCGCGGGGUUUGUACCCUAAAACGUCCCUGAUGGUGCACAACUGCGUUCCGAACACGCUGCUUUCGAUUGACGGAGUUGGUAACCUGAGGGUGUUCACGAGUGCGCCCGUGAGGAUGGGAGAAAUGCUGUUUAUCAAUUUCACCAGAAGUUUGUUUGGCACAUUUGAACGGCAAACCCACCUGAGACAGGGAAAAUACUUUACCUGCUACUGUCGACGUUGUAAGGAUCCUACCGAGCUCGGCACCCAUUUGAGUUCGAUCAAGUGUACGGAGUGUGACGAAGGGCUUUGCUCGUUCUACCCCAGCGAACCCCGAUGGGAGUGCAACAAGUGUCGCAAGUUGCUCAAACGAGAGUACGUUAAUGAAGUGAUGUGUGCGGCCCGGAGUGAAAUUAUGGAGUGUGCCCUCGAAGUGCGUGACCUGGAGCGGGUCAUCGGCAAACAUUCCCGCACGCUGAACCCGCACCACUCGCUGGUGCUGGAAGCGAAGCAAACGCUUGUCGGCGAACUCAAACACAGCUGUCUCGCCACGCUCGAUCCGGGCACCGUUCCGAAGCAGGUGCUGCGCCGCAAGUUCGAACUUUGCGAGGAGCUGCUGGAGGUGGUGCGCAUGCUGGAACCGGGCAUUUCCCGGCUCACCGGGAUUGCCAUGUACGAGUACCACGUGGCGCUGGUGGACCUUUCGCGGCGGAACUUUGACACCACGGAGAUCAAAUCGAGCGAGCUGUUGCAAAACCUGAUCCGCGCGGAAAAUGAGCUUAAACAAGCCAUCGGAAUGCUACUGUUUGAACAUCCGACCACGCCGGAGGGUCAGUUGACCAAACGAGCCAUGCAAGAGUUGAAGGAAUUGCGGGAGGAAAUAGCCGAGGUGCGGGCGAUGAUCGAGGAUGAAAAUCUUGACCGACAGAGUCAGUACCGCAAUCGGCGUGCCAACGGCAAUGGCAAUUCCAACAGCAGUAGCUACAAGAAGAAGUUCAGUAAAAGACGAUGAAGCUGAGAUGGGUGAGGCACGGGAUGGUGGAGGCGCAUUUGUUUUCUAAUCGUUUUUUUAUGUUUGUCUGUACGUAAGUGUUGUAAAGACAUGUUAGGUGUUAAGGUGCUGGUUA